CAGCAGCUGAAAUGCAAAGUUACAUUGGCCUCCUUACACGUGAUCACGUGAAGAUAAACAUUAAGAAGUGGAAAGCUGUCCCGCAAGAUGUUAAAGACCUGAUAUGGGACACGGUUAAAUCUUCCUACGAUGUUCCCGAGCAGUGGAAGGCUGGAUGUAUGGAAUCUGCAAAUGCCAAGUGGCGAAGCUGGAAAUGUAGAAUGUACAAUGAAUUCAUUGUACCAUGUCAAGAUGACGCCUCGAAGUUGCAAGAACCACCACCGGGAAGUGGCAUUCUGCCAUUAGAAUGGAAUCAGUUUGUAGUCACUCGACUGUCGACUGAAUUUAAGAAUUUCAGUGCGCAACAAAAGGAGAGACGGAGUAAGAACAUAUACCCCCAUCGACUUUCCCGCAAAGGAUAUGCUAAAUUUGCCGAAGAGUUGAAGACGUCUGAUUUACACGGUGAUGAAGAUAUAGACAGAGCUACGAUGUGGAAGAAAGCAAGACUGACCAAGGACGGAGAAGUUCAGAAUGAUAACUUGAAGAAUGCUUUCCAGAAAAUAGAUGACUGCAUAAGGGAAAAGGAGGAAGGCCGAGUUGAUUCUUCAUCUUGUUCAAGCGAUUUGCUAUCACGUGCCCUGGAGAAACCUGAACAUAGUGGCCGUGUGCGAGGUUUAGGGGCAGGGGUGAAACCCAAAUCAUUCUUUGAAACACCUAGAGUUAAGAAACAAGAAAUUGAUGAGAAAGCGCAAACUGAGCUGGAAGAAGCAAAGAAGCAAAUAAAAGAACAAGAUGGACGCAUACUUGUUCUAGAUAAAGUGAUCUACGAGUUAGUAAGCAGAAUUGGAAAACUGGAAUCGAAGGUGGGUGAUAAGGACGAUAAGUCUGAAGGAUUAGGCAGCUGUUCUGUGAUAAAGCCUCAAAAGAUGCAGAUUGAAAACGAUGAAGACAUGAAGGUGGUUGAAAACGCUGAAGACAUCAAGAAACCUGAUAAAAAGACAUGUGGAAAAAAGAUUGAAAAGGAUGAAGACAUGAAGGUGGUUGAAAAUGAUGAAGACAUCAAGAGACCUGAUAAGAAGACACGUGGAAAAAAGAUUGAAAACGAUGAAGACAUGAAGGUGGUUGAAAACGAUGAAGACAUUGAGGUGGUUGAAAAAUCAGUUGGGUUGGAGGUAUUAUGUGAAUACUUUUGAAAAAUAUUUUUGGUCUUUUCUUCCUUUCAUCUAUUUUUGGUCUUUUCUUCCUUUCUAAUUGAUGUAGGGGAAGGUGGUUA